UAAACCACAGAGGAACAGACACAACACAAGUCAGAGACACUACAGGACCAGAAGAAAACGGAGAAGAUGGACAUCCAGACGGGUCAGCUCGUGCGUCCUGUCAGCGCCAUGGAGAGCCUGGAGAAGCAGCUCAGCUGCCCCAUCUGCCUCGACAUGUUCACCAAGCCGGUGGUGAUCCUGCCCUGCCAACACAAUCUUUGCCGCGGCUGCGCCAACGACCUCUACGAGUCCAGGAAUCCGUACCACUACUCCGGGGGAACCUUCCGCUGCCCCACCUGCCGCUUCGAGGUGGUUCUGGACCGGCACGGCGUGUACGGGCUGCAGAGGAACCUGCUGGUGGAGAACAUCAUCGACAUCUGCAAGCAGCAGCAGGAGAGCAAGGGGGGUGACAGUGAGGACGUCCCCCUGAAGGACAAAGACACCAAGGAGCCAAAGUGCAAGGAACACGAGGACGAACGCAUCAACAUCUACUGCGUGAGCUGCCAGACACCCACCUGCUCCAUGUGCAAAGUGUUUGGGCAGCACAAAGACUGCGAGGUGUCGCCGCUGCACACUGUUUACCAGAGCCAGAAGAACGAGCUGCGCUCGGCUGUGGAGCUGCUCGCCACAGGAAACAGCUGCAUCCAGGCCAUCAUGGCACAGAUGGACGACACGUGCAAACUGAUCCAGGAGAAUGGAGAGCAGAAGAGGAGGCGGCUGGGCGAGAGCUUCGACCUGCUGUACGCCAUCCUGGAAGAGCGUAAAGGUGAGCUGCUGGAGCAGAUCAGCAGGGUGGAGCGGGACAAAGUGUCCAAGCUCAGGAAGCUGGUGGAGCGCUACAAGCAGCAGCAGCAGCUCAGCAACCAGCUCCAGGAGAAACUGUCGCAGAGCAUGCAGUCCUGCAGCGCCGCACAGUUCCUCGUCACUGCCAAGCAGCUGCAGGAUGAGGCCCAGCAGGUGGCCCGGGCGGCCCAGCUGGAGAGGCCCGAGCCGGGCUACGAGAGCAUGGAGCACCUGAGACUCGACACCCAGGAGGCCGAGGCUCUGCUCGUACGCAUGGACUUCAGACAUGCAGGCAAGGAAGAACACCAAGGAGCUGAAUGAGAGCAACAAGUAGGAAGAGAGGGUUUGACUGAAUGAUGAUGGAGGGUGCGCUGCUGAGACGUGCAAUCAUUUGGAAAAGUUUUUUACACGUACAAAAUGAAAAAUUUUGUAUUUGACUUUUUAUACUUUUGUAUUUUUGAACUCUUCUCGUUCGUCGUUCGACUUGAGAUGAAACGUAUCUGUUGUGUUCAGGACUUGUUUGUAAAAUUGAAAACUUAAAGUGCACUCGAUUUAAGACUGUAACUGAUGAAAGUGUGAAUAAAGUUUUAUUUCGG